GGCGGGAAAUCAGUCGCUCAUAACCAAGAAAUAGAAACAAAACUCAGGGCGUCACCAGUGCCCUCAGUCUUCACCAUUCCUAUUUAAUUGUUUAUUCUUGAUGAAUUACCACAAGUGAAUAAAAUGCAGGCAUUUCUGAAGACUGGUAAGGUCGGGUCGACUGCUGCGACCAAGCCCUCGACGUCCAAGGGCUCCAGAGAGCCGAAGAGUGCAGCUGCACCCCCUUGGGUCGAGAAAUAUCGACCUAGGACAGUUGAGGACGUCGUGGAGCAGGGGGAAGUGGUGGAGGUCCUUCGUCAAUGCAUGACUGGUGGGGAUUUUCCGAAUUUACUGUUCUAUGGACCCCCAGGAACAGGUAAGACCAGCACGAUUCUUGCUGCUGCGAGACAACUCUUCGGGAAUAUGUACAGGGAGAGAAUCCUCGAGCUCAAUGCCUCUGAUGAACGGGGGAUCCAGGUGGUCAGGGACAAGGUCAAAAACUUUGCGCAAUUAACUGCUGGAAAUACCAGACCUGAUGGGAAACCAUGUCCCCCCUUCAAAAUAGUAAUUUUGGACGAGGCUGACAGCAUGACCCACGCAGCUCAAUCAGCCCUUCGUCGAACGAUGGAGAAAGAGUCCCACAGCACUCGUUUCUGUCUCAUCUGCAACUACGUCUCGAGGAUCAUCGAGCCCCUGACGUCGCGUUGCACUAAAUUCAGGUUCAAGCCCCUCGGGCAGGAGAAAAUAAUCGAACGACUCGAGUACAUUUGCAAGAACGAGGAGAUCACAGCUGACAAAUACGUUCUCACGAAAUUGGUCGAUGCUUCUGGGGGCGAUCUUCGAAGGGCCAUCACUUGUCUCCAGUCUGUCACGAGGCUGAAGGGCAAGGGAAUCGAAAUCACUGUGGACGAUGUACUCGAAGUUACUGGGGUAAUUCCAGACAAGUGGCUGUCCCAAUUGCUGGAAGUGUGCGAGGGCAACGACUUCAAGAAAGUCGAACAAUUCGUCGAUGAGUUCCUGCUGGAAGCCUACUCCACGUCACAGCUGAUCGAGCAGCUCAGUGAGAGAAUCAUAUUCUCGGAUUCAUUCAGUGAUAAUCAGAAAGCCUUCAUCGGAGAGAAGCUCGGGGAAUGCGCCUACAGAUUGUUAGACGGCAGCAGUGAAUACAUUCAGCUGAUUCACCUCUGCUGCAUCAUCAUGCAGGCAAAUCGAAGAGGUUAAAUCAAUUCUCCCAUAAUCAAUUUAAAGAGAAUAAUCACAUUACAACCCAUUUCUUUCAUGUUAAAAUAAAGGUAAAUAAAUGAGAAAAAUAUUUUUUACAAAAUUUAGACUUCCG